AUGGCGGCUGCAUUGGGUAUUCAAGGCAAUGUUGGCGGCGGUGGAAAUGCGGCAUUCAAAGACAAGGAGAAGCCUAUGGCGGUUCGGAAUGCCAACAUCAUGGCUGCCAGGGCCGUGGCCGAUGCCAUUCGAACCUCGCUUGGGCCCCGAGGAAUGGACAAAAUGAUUCAAUCCGGCAAAGGGGAGAACUUGAUCACAAACGAUGGUAACACCAUGCUGAAGAGCAUGAGCGUGAUGCACCCAGCGGCAAAAAUGCUGGUGGAUCUCAGUGCCGCGCAGGAUGUCGAAGCUGGCGAUGGGACGACCUCUGUCGUGGUCAUUGCAGGCAGCCUUCUUGGAGCCGCCGAUCGAUUACUAGCAAAAGGCAUACAUCCCACCAUAAUCUCGGAGUCUUUCCAGAGAGCGGCAGCGGCGGCGGUCAAGAUCCUACAUAACAUGUCUCAGCCCAUCUCUCUGACGGAUCGGACCACACUUCUACAAGCGGCUUCGACGUCGCUGUCGUCCAAAAUCGUGUCACAACACUCCGGCUUGCUAGGACCCAUGGCGGUUGACUCUGUGCUGAAGACCAUUGACCCAAAGACUGCGGACAAUGUGGAUCUACGGAACAUUCGCAUCGUCAAGAAGGUCGGCGGUACCAUCGAAGACUCGGAGAUGAUUGACGGCUUGGUGCUGAACCAGCCUGUUAUCAAGAGCAGUGGCGGCCCGACCAGAAUAGAAAAGGCUCGAAUUGCAUUGAUCCAAUUCCAGUUGAGUCCACCCAAGCCUGAUAUGGAGAAUCAGAUUGUCGUCAACGAUUACCGACAGAUGGACAAGAUUCUGAAAGAAGAGAGGACAUAUCUGCUCAACAUGGUCAAAAAGAUUCAGAAGACCAAGUGCAACGUGCUUCUCAUUCAGAAAUCCAUCCUUCGAGACGCGGUUAACGACCUGUCUCUGCACUUCUUAUCCAGAUUGAAGAUCAUGGCGAUCAAAGAUAUCGAGCGAGAUGAGGUUGAGUUUCUAUGCAAGAGCACAGGCUGCAAGCCUAUUGCCAAUAUCGACACCUUUACUGAGGACAAGCUGGGAACCGCGGAUUUGGUAGAAGAGGUUCAAUCCUCCGGCGCCCGAUAUGUGAAGAUCACCGGCAUCCGAAGCGCCGCAACACAGAACCAGACCGUGUCGAUAGUGGCACGCGGGGCCAACUCCUUGAUCCUCGACGAAGCCGACCGCUCGAUACACGACGCACUCUGCGUCAUUCGUUGUCUCGUGAAGAAAAAGGCACUAAUAGCUGGUGGUGGAGCCCCCGAGAUCGAAGUUGCGCAGCAAUUAGCGAAGCAAGCACGAGAGCUGACAGGAACCGAAGCCAUCUGCUGGAAGGCCUUCGCCGACGCAAUGGAAGUGAUCCCAACCACCUUGGCGGAAAAUGCCGGUCUGAACAGCAUCAAGGUAGUGACGGAGCUCCGGCAUCGACAUGAGAUGGGCGAGAAGAAUGCCGGAGUGAGCAUCAAGAGUGGGGGUGUCAAGACGAACAUUGCGGACGAGAAGGUGCUUCAGCCUCUGCUCGUGAGCACCAGCGCCAUCGAAUUGGCAGCGGAGACUGUCAAGAUGAUUUUACGGAUUGAUGAUAUUGCCUUGUCACGAUGA